UCCUUUUUCCUCUUGGGUUGGGGUCUGUCUGAGUCCCAUCGGGGGCGGGGAGUGGGCCGGACGGAGUUGACGCGUUUGUGGCCCCGGCGCUGCUUGUGUCUCCGCUCGGCAGCGGGAUGUGAGUCCGACCCAGUGGAGGCAGCUCCCGGGGAACCGCUGCGUUUCUCAACGAACGGCUCGGCGGCAUCUCGCGGAGAAAGGUGGCCGGAUUUGGAUUUUAAAGAAAUUCCUUGAAGAAAGAAGGCGGGAGUAACGUCGAAAGGGAUUAUGGAUUCAGUAAGGAGGCCACUAGGCAAGUGCCAAGGUGUCUCUCAGUGGCUUCAUGUGACGUUGGGAAUCCUAGUUGGAUGGUCUGUGACAGGAUCAAGCGAACCUUUGGUUCUUCGUAUUGAUGAAGAACAGCCACCUUUCAGUAUCAUCGGUGAUAUAAAUGCAGGGCUUCCACCCGGUCACAUAACCAGCAGUUUCUUUACACAUGAGACCGAUGGCACCGGUAUGUCUUCCGACUUAAUCAUUGAUGAAAUAACAGGGAUUAUUAAGACUGCCAGGGUAUUGGAUCGUGAGUCUCGGGAUAAGUACAAGUUUGUUGCGGUGAAUUUGGGAGGUGAUACAGUUGAGGUGGUGAUAUUAGUCAAUGAUAUAAAUGACAAUGCUCCGGUCUUUCCUACCAGUCAGAUGCGACUUAAAAUACCUGAGCAAACGCCUGUGGGAACACGAUUCCGCCUAGAUUCAGCUAUUGAUGCAGAUGGGGGUCAAUUUAGCACACAGGGAUAUCUUAUACAAGAUGGAAAUGUUGGGCAAUCCUUUAGGCUGGAAACCAAAAGGCUAACAGAAACAUUAGACCUGGAACUUGUGGUCAAUAAUCCUCUGGACAGGGAAGAGAGAUCCACUUACACUUUGAUAAUUGAAGCUUUUGAUGGUGGAACUCCACGCAAAACAAGUCAGAUGACUUUGUACAUCUCUAUUUUGGAUGUUAAUGACAAUGCGCCAGUGUUUAAUCAGACUCGAUACCAUGCCAUAAUUUCCGAAAGUUUACAGCCUGGAACCAGCUUUCUUCAGGUGUUUGCCACUGACAUAGAUGAAGGAAAUAAUGGUGUGGUUAUUUAUGAGAUCAACAGGAGGCAGAGUGAUCCCAGCCAAUACUUCGCCAUAGAUUCAAAGACUGGUGUAAUCAAGUUAAAUAAAGGAUUGGAUUAUGAAAUGAAGAAAGUCCAUGAGCUGGUGGUCCAAGCUCGAGACAAUGCCUCACAGCCUGAACUAACAACAGCAUUUGUUACUGUUCAGGUGAAAGAUUACAAUGACAACCAACCCACUCUUACUAUCAUCUUUCUCAGUGAAGAUGGAUCACCUCACAUCUCAGAGGGAGCUCAGCCUGGCCAAUUUGUGGCCAGAAUCUCAGUGUCUGAUCCUGAUUAUGGAGAAUAUGCCAAAGUCAAUGUGUCUUUGGAAGGUGGUGAUGGUAAAUUUGGACUGACUACCAAGGACAAUAUUAUUUAUUUGAUAUGUGUGGACCAGAUGUUAGACCGAGAGGAGAAAGAUAGUUACCAACUCAGUGUUACAGCAACUGAUUCUGGAACACCACCUCUGAGGGCAGAAUCCACAUUCACCAUUCAUGUAACUGAUGUUAAUGAUAAUCCACCAGUCUUUGACCGUUCAGGGUACAGACAGUCCAUUCCAGAGGUUCUAUACCCUGGGAGCUUUGUGCUGCAAGUAACAGCAAGAGAUAAAGAUGAAGGUGCUAAUGGUGAUAUUGUGUACAGCAUUGUUAAUAGCCCAGAAUCUCAUUCUGAUUGGUUCACCAUUGAUUGGGCUACUGGAGUGAUUACUACAGCAUCAGCACUGGAUUACGAGGCAGAUCCAGCUCCCAUGUUGACGGUGGUGGCGACUGAUCGAGGAAGCAAGCCCAUGUCUUCCUCCGUUACUGUCACCAUUGCGAUCCAGGAUGUGAAUGAUAAUGAGCCUGUAUUCAGCAAAAACUUCUAUAAUGCAUCAAUCAAGGAAAAUGAACCAGCUGGGACCUGCUUCCUCCAGAUCUCUGCCACCGAUGCUGACAGUGGAAGUUUUGGAAGUGUUACGUAUUCAAUUGGUUCUGGAAUUGGCAGCUUGCCACCUACUCAGUUCACUGUCGACCAACACACAGGUCAAAUCUGCACCUCAGGAGCCUUGGACAGGGAUGAGGAGCCCGACCAUUAUGAAUUCACAGUGACUGCUGUUGAUGGGGGUGGCCUGAACUCUAUGGCCUAUGUCAAAGUUUACCUGGAUGAUAUCAAUGACAACAGGCCAGUGUUCUACCCCGUGCAGUAUGCAGCCAGCCUAAGCACACAGAGUCUGCCAGGAACAGUAGUGCUCAAAGUCUUUGCUUACGACAAGGAUGGAGGACGGAAUGGAAAGCUGACCUAUCAGAUCGUUGCAGGCAACCUGCCUCCCCUGUUCACCCUCAACAGAGACACAGGAGUUAUUUCACUUGCAUCUUCACUGCGCUCUGGAGGAGACUCAGUGCAGCAUCUGGUCAUCUCCGCCCAGGAUUCCGGUGGACUCUCCUGCCUGGUCAAUGCUGUCGUAAACAUCAGCAUCGUCUCAGGUUCCAUUUCACCACCGCUCUUUGAGCAAGCUCAGUACUUCUUCACUGUGCCUGAGGACCUGAGAGGUGGCUCCCCAGUUGGCCGUGUUCGGGCUUCAAACUCCCCAGGUCACUCUGAUGCUGUCUUUUAUACCAUUUCCUCUGGAGACCCCAAUGGCUACUUUGUGAUCGACCGCAGCUCGGGUUUGAUUACAACGAACGUCCCGCUUGAUCAUGAGUCUCAUCCUGUUAUAAUACUGGAUGUCCAGGCACACAGUGGCUCUCCGCCUGCCUACAGUGGCACCAAGGUCAAGAUCAUGGUUUCUGAUGUCAAUGACAACACACCAAAAUUUCCAACCUCUUCUGAGUCUAUUCUUGUUCCAGAAAACACAGAGAUUGGUUCCAUCAUCUACACGGCCAAUGCAGAGGACCAGGACAGUGGGGCAAAUGGCCAAGUUCAGUUUGAUCUCAUCUCUGGCUUGGAGAAGACUUUCAGCAUUGAUCGAACUUCUGGCAAGCUCCGUCUGAUUGGAGCCUUGAGCUACGAGACAGUAGCACGCUAUGAGCUGGAGAUUGUGGCCAAGGACAGUGGUGCUCCCCAGCUCAGCUCGACAUUUACUCUCGUUGUUCAUGUGCAGGACCAGAGUGACACUGCCCCAAUCUUCGAUACUUUGACCUAUCGGGUCGAGGUGAAAGAGGGAACACCUAUUAAUCGCCAUUUCCUCCAGGUGCGUGCAUUAAGCCAGGACACCAGAGGAGGCCACAUCACCUACCACUUGCAUCCUGAUGAAGACUCUGCCAACUUUGGGAUCGUCUCAGAGAGUGGCUGGUUGUUUGUGAAGAGUGUUCUGGAUCGGGAGAACAAGGACCUCUUCAGCCUCACUGUCGUUGCCUCCAGCACUGAGGGUGAACAGACAAAAACAGGGACCACAAUGGUCAGAAUCUGUAUCACGGAUGUGAAUGAUAAUGUGCCAAAACUCAGCGAGGACAUUUACUUCUUCACUGUGCAAGAGAAUGUGCCACCAGCAAUGACCAUUGGGCGUAUCUUGGCCACAGAUCGCGAUCAUGGACUCAACAGCAAGCUGACCUACAGACUGCAGCCAACACACACAAGUUUCCACAUCAAUCCACAGACUGGUGAGAUGAGCUCUGUGGUGAUAUUGGACCGAGAGGGUCAGGCCAGCUACCAGUUGACAGUGGUCGUUCAGGAUGGUGGUUCACCACCACUCAGUGCCACCGCAUCUGUCUAUGUUAUGGUCUUAGAUGAGAAUGACAAUGCUCCCGUCUUCAGCAACGUACCAGUGGGAGAGGAGCUUAUCCUUCAGAUCUUUGAAGGAAACUUAUCUGGUAAUCUAGUGACGACCCUCCAAGCCAAAGAUCCAGAUGAAGGAGAGAAUGGGACAGUGGUGUUCUCCUUGUCAGGCUCUUGGGCCCAGAGAUUCUCUCUGCACCCAACGACUGGUGAGCUCCGAGCAGCCACAGCUCUUCACCAGCGUGACAGACAGGAGUAUGAACUGAUGAUAUUGGCACAGGACCGUGGUCACCCUCCUCAGACCACCCCUCUCACCAUCCGCAUCCAGGUGCUGUCUUCCCCCAGUAAAUUCCCACUGUUUGACAGUGGUGCUGUCAGCCUUCAGUCUACUGAGGGAAUGGCCCCCGGCUCUGUCAUUGGGUCAGUGGCGUCGGGUGAGAAGUCAGCAUGGUUAGACGGCCAGGUGACCUACACAGUGGUCGGGGGCACAGACCAGGAUGGCCGUUUUCUGGUCGACAGGCUGGGUGGGGAGAUUUACGUGGCCCAGCAACUGGACUACGAGUCAGGCUCUCACUACCAGCUGGAGGUGGCGGUUGAUGAUUUGAGCAGUGGUUUCCCCCACCGCUCUAUUGUCCUGGUGGACAUCGACAUCCAGGAUCUCAAUGAAUACCCUCCCAUUUUUGCUGAGGAUCCCAUCACCAUCGUGAUUGGCGAGAAUGUUGACAUUGGUGCCUCCAUUUACACCUUCCACGCCAUUGAUAAGGAUGGGAGUGGCCCCAACAGUGAGGUUCAAUACUCACUGCUCCACCAGACACCGCCAGGACCUCGUCUGCAGCUUGAGCCCAUCUCAGGGAUGCUGACGGCCACGGAGCCCAUUGAUCGGGAACUCACUGCCUCCUUCCUGUUACUGGUCCAGGCCACCGAUCGGGCCAUCAACAGCAGCCAACGCAAGUCCUCAGCAGCCACUGUCCGUGUCUUUGUGACUGAUGACAAUGACAACAGCCCACGGUUCCUGUCGCCCACUUUAGUCAGCGUGCUGGAAAACCGGCCAGUUGGAUCGGUCGUCUCUCACAUCAUCGCUCAGGAUGCAGACCUGGGAGAGAAUGGCCGAGUGACCUAUCGCAUCAGGUCAGGGCUUGGACGUGCACACUUCCACCUCAGCCCAGACACAGGUGUACUGACUAUUAUUAAGGCACUGGACUGUGAAGAGCAGUGCUGGUUCAACCUAACAGUGGAGGCGUCUGAUCACGGAUCUCCCCGCCGUACCACCAGCCAACCUCUCUACAUUCAGGUUGUUGACAUCAAUGAUGAGCUACCCAGGUUCGACCACACGGCGUACGAGGCUCGAGUCACUGAGAACCAGUCUCCAGGCAUUCUUGUUAUCCAGCUACAUGCUACUGACAGAGAUCAAGGUUCCAAUGGGCUGUUGAGCUAUGGUGGGGUGACAGACAGCAGUUUCUCCAUUGACCCCGUUUCAGGGGUCAUUAGCACCAGCCGAACAUUGGACAGAGAGGAACAGGAUCUACAUCUGGUCACAGUUUAUGCUAAGGAUGGUGGAGUUCCUCCAAAUGUUGCUACAGUGACAGUUUGCAUCAGCAUUCAGGAUGAAAAUGACAACAGCCCACAAUUUGAUAAGGAUGUUUAUCAGCUCCAGGUCCCAGAGAACCAGAACCGUGUGACGCUCUUCACAAUUAAGGCCACAGACAAAGAUUCUGGUGAAAAUGGCCGUGUAGAAUAUGGGAUCAUUGGGGGUGAUCCUAACGGACAUUUCAACAUGGACCGGACCAGUGGUAUCCUGUCCACAAGCACCAGCCUGGACAGGGAAUCUGUCUCACACUAUACUCUGAUCAUUGUGGCAUGGGAUCAGGGGCACCCCCAGCGCAGCUGCUCGGCCUCAGUCUUUGUACACGUGUUAGACAUCAACGACAACACUCCCACCUUCCAGGAGUCCAGCUACAUGGCAGAGGUUGAAGAGGACAGUGCAGUUGGCACAAUAGUUUUGCAGGUAUCUGCAGUUGACGCUGAUGCAGGUCCCAAUGGCGAGGUGUUGUAUUACCUGAGUGGUGAGUCACUGGGCAUGUUCAGCAUUGACAAGACAGGGAAGGUGAGUACAACCACGACACUGGAUCGGGAGAAGCAUACCUCAUAUUCAUUCCUGGUGCGAGCCGUGGACUCUGCACCUUCGGAUCCCAGGAGUUCCACCACCCGGGUAGAAGUUAUUGUGAAGGACGUUAAUGACAAUUCUCCGCACUUCCUCACUGACCCACUCAUCGUAAACAUCUCCAGACACACUCCAGUCAAUGAGCUGGUAGCCACCAUGAAGGCAGAGGACAAAGAUUUCGGUGCAAACGCCUCCAUAUUCUACAGGUUCUCCACCAUGGUCCAUGGAUUCAGCAUUAACUCCUUUACUGGCGAGAUUCGCCUGCUGCAUGCAGUGAGCUCGAUGAGACUGAGAGAGCGCACACUCUUUGUGGUGGCCACAGACCAAGGGUCACCCGCCCGUUCAUCCACCGGAGUGGUAAUGGUGUACCUGAGGGAGGAACGUUACCUCGGCAUCCGCUUCCGGCGCAGUGUCAGUGAUGUGGCGCUGGCUGAGAAUUCCGCACCAGGCACGUCAGUGGUCAGGAUCCAAGCCCAGCAUCAGAAUGGCUCCAAUCGAGGAAUCCUCUAUAGUAUCUUCAGUGGGAAUGAGAGGGGUGCCUUCACUAUUCGCUCUCAUACUGGUGAUAUCUCCAUUAAGAGCUCAGCUGGGCUGGACUUUGAGGAAGCACCCCGCCUGCGCCUAGUUAUUAAGGCCGAAUCAUCAACAUCAGCUGUUUUCACCUCGGUCACACUUGUUCUGCAGGAUGUGAACGAUAACCUGCCCCAUUUCCAACAGCAGAAUUAUGUGGCCUUUCUCUGGGAGGCUCAGGGUUACAGCACACCAAUUAUGCAGGUUUUGGCAAAUGACCUGGACCAGGGUCAGAAUGGCCAGGUGAUGUAUUCCAUUGCAGCAUCACCUCAGAGCAACCUCUUCCAAAUCAACCCCCUAACCGGUGACAUCAGCACCGUGGCCAUCAUGGACAGAGAGAUCUGGCCCCAGGCGCAGUUGCGUCUGACAGCAACAGACCGGGGAACGCCAAGGCUAGUGGGCACAGCCACACUCUCCAUCAUCAUUCUGGACCUGAACGACAACAGCCCCACCAUCCCCUUACCCCAUGAGAUUCGGGUGGCAGAGAAUACUGCGAUUGGCUCAGAGAUCACCAAGGUGACAGGCAACGAUGUGGACUCAGGCCCAAUGCUCACCUACAGUCUGGCAACUGAAAGCCAAGUGUUCAGUAUCAGUCGUUACCAUGGAAUCAUCUCCCUGGCAGCGGAGCUGGACUUCGAGCAGCGCACAUGGUACCUGUUGACGGUUCACUCCUCUGACUCCAAACACAGCACUGAGGCAAACAUCACCAUCCGCGUUGAAGAUGUCAAUGACAACCCUCCUGUCUUUGUGCAGGAUUUGUACCAGGUGUCGAUAUCAGAGUUCACUCCUCCUGGCACCAGCAUCAUAACAGUCACGGCAACAGACAGGGACUCCGGAACAAACGGACAGAUCCUCUACUAUCUGAUGACCUUGGAGACUGGGCUGUUUAACAUUGACCCUCACAAUGGGACGCUGUUCACUGUGCGGGAGUUGAACCUCGAAGUGUCUGAGGCCAUGGAAUUGGUGGUUGAAGCCCGGGACCGCGGCCUUCCUACCCUCUCCUCGCGCAGCACGGUGCGGGUCCAGUUUCUGGAUGUGAAUGACCACUGGCCAACCUUCAGCCUGCCUGAGUACCAUACGCAGGUGUCCGAGGACCUACAGCCGGGCAGCACCGUCCUCACAUUUGAGGCAACCGACUUGGAUCCAUGGCUGGAUAACAGCGGCCUGGAUUAUACCAUCGUCAGCGGCAACACGGCCAACGUGUUCCAGGUGCACAGCUGGCUCCAGCUGCAAGACAACUGCUGGCGGACGCUGGGCAGCAUCAUGCUGGCCGAACCGCUGGACUUCGAGACGGCGUCCGCCUACAACCUGACCAUCGCCGCCUCGGAUCGCGGGGUGCCCCGCCGCAGCCGUACCGCCUCCGCCCUCAUCAGCGUCAGCGAUGUCAACGACAACCCGCCCGUCUUCAGCCGUGCUCGCUACCAGCUGACGGUAAGCGAGGCAGCGGCCGUGGGCACCGAGAUUGGCCGGGUUUUGGCCACUGACGCCGACUCGGGCACCGUCAUCCGCUAUUCCAUCAGCUCGGGAGACAGCGGUGGACACUUCACAGUGGGUGAGCGGAGCGGGGCCGUGCGCCUGGCCCGGCCGUUGGACCGGGAACUGCAAGCGCACCACCAUCUCAUCCUUCAGGCCAGCGACGGCCCCGGUCACGGCGUCCACUUCGCCCUGGCCCCACUCUCUGUGCAGGUAACCGACGUCAAUGACAACCGGCCACGGUUCCCGGUUCGCCGGCUGAGCGCCAGCGUGCGAGAGAACAUGCCGGCCCGCUCACUGGUCACUACGCUCCGUGCUACUGAUCUGGACUCUGGUGGUUUCGGAGAGCUGCGAUACUCACUGGUGGUGCGGGCGGGGGCAGAGUCCUUCACCUUGGACCCGCUCUCCGGGGAACUACGCACCAAGCGGCCCUUCGACUUCGAGCGGCUUCACUCGCUGGAUGUUCUUGCGCAGGCGGUGGACCCGGGUAACGCCUCGGCCACCGUCACAGUUCAGGUGCUGAUCACCGGCGAGGACGAGUAUGAUCCAGUAUUCAGCCAACCCGCCUACAGCUUCGCCGUGCCGGAGGAUGCGCCGCGAGGAUGCAGCAUUGGCCGGGUUCUGGCUACUGACGAGGACCACGGCCCAGACGGCCUAGUGCUCUACUCGCUGCUGACGCCAUCACCCUAUUUCAUGGUGAAUGGCAGCACCGGGGAGGUAUUACUGAAGGUAGACGGCCGGAGGCGGCCAGGCAGUCGGGCCCGGAGGGAGGCGCGUGCCCUCACCCUGACCAUCCAGGCGCGGGGUCCGCUGGCCGGCUCCCGCUCCGCUCACACCCAGGCCACCGUGGACAUCAGUCACACUUCGCUCGGGCUGCCGGCCGAAGUAAGCCCACUGCUGGUGGGCGCACUGGCCGCCUCGUUGGCCAUCGGCGGGAUGCUGGCGGUCAUCGGCCUGACACUGGUCAUCCUGCGGGCAAGGAGGAAGCGGAGACGCGCCGAAGGUGGCCUCCGGGAGAAAGCACUGGAGAAGCUGGCGGUCGAGGGGACCCUGCCCGCCAGCGAGCACAUCUACCACCAGGCGCUGCCUGGCUACCCUUCUGCGCCGGCCGCCCUCGGUCCACCCUACAGCCGUGGCGACUCCGUUGACCCAUCGCACUCGAGCGGCCGCGGUUCGGCAGAGGCGGCCGAGGACGACGAGAUCCGCAUGAUUAACGAGUACCCGCGGCUGGGAAGCGUGUCCGCCCGCGGCCCCGAUUCCGGCAUCCAGCAGGAUGCUGACCGUCUGUCAGACGUCUCCACUGAGCCGGCUGCCGACUGGCUGAAGCAGAAGAAAGGGCCCUCCGUGUUGUUGCCGGGGUCGGUGCCGCAGCCGGCGUUCCGGGAUCACGCUGGGGGCUUCCCGGUGGGUGGAGUGGGGCUCGGGUCCUGUCACGCCAAGGACUGCGUCUUUGCUGAAGAUGGGCGCCCUCUGGCUCAGGGAUCGCUGACGGCCAUCGUAGCCAGCGAUGAGGAGCUGAGGGGCAGCUACAAUUGGGACUAUCUCCUCAACUGGUGCCCGCAGUUUCAGCCGCUCGCCAGCGUCUUCACUGAGAUCGCCCGCCUCAAGGACGAAAGCGCCCCCCGCAAACAGCUACCGGCCAAACCCAAGGUAGAUCCCAAGCCUUGCAUCGACCCUCCGCCACUUAUCACUUCAGUGGCCCACCCGAAUGCCAUGUCUGUGCCCCCUCGGCUGGCAGUGGGAAGAAAACAGAUGCCAGCCAUGCGCCGCUCGCCCAUCACUAGCGACGCCUCCAUUGCCUCGGCGGCCAUGUCCCCGAGCUUUUCUCCCUCACUCUCCCCUCUGGCUGCACGGUCCCCGGCCGUUUCCCCCUUCGACGUCUCGCAAGGACCGCCGGCCUCGGUCAUCAGCACUGAACACUCCCUUGACACUGCCGAGGAAGCUGAGCUGCACAUCUGACUCUGCCUUGGCCCCUAUCACACACCAGUCACGAGGGUGGACAGCGAGACAACAUUAGUAUUUCUCAAAACUGGGGAUAUAGCAGGAAUGUCAUUCCAGGAAACAAAUCCAGAACAAAUCUCCAUGGAUCUGUUGAAAAUUUGUUAAUAGUUCAACGACAAGUAAAAAUUGGACACAAGCUAAUCCUGAAACUGGGCGACCAGCAGAGAGAAAGAAAGUGUCAAGAUAAUGUGAAAGGUGGCCUUGAAUCAAAGGAGGUGGGGUUUUUGAGUGUGUGAUGGGAUGGUGCAAAGGGAGCUUCACUGUGUCUGACCCUGGGAGUGUGUGAUGGGACAGUGUAGAGGGAGCUUCACUCUGUGUCUGACCCCGGGAGUGUGUGAUGGGACGGUGUAGAGGGAGUUUCACUCUGUGAUUGACCCCGGGAGUGUGUGAUGGGAUGGUGCAAAGGGAGCUUCACUGUGUCUGACCCUGAGAGUGUGUGAUGGGACAGUGUAGAGGGAGCAUCACUCUGUAUCUGACCCCAAGAGUGUGUGAUGGAAUUGUGUGUGUAUUUGGUGGGGGUGGGGGGAAGUUUCACUCUGUAUGUGAUGGGACAGUGUAGAGGGAGCAUCAGUCUGUGUCUGACACUAGGAGUGUGUGAUGGUAUGGUGUGGGGAAGCUACACUCUGUGUCUGACCCUGGGAGUGGAGUGUGUGAUGAGACCUUUUGGAGGGAGAUUCAGUCUUUGUCUGACCCAUGAGAGUGCAUGAUGGGACAGUGUAGAGGGAGUUCACUCUGUGUCUGACCCCGGGAGUGUGUGAUGGGAUGGUGUGGAGGGAAGUUCACUGUGUGUCUGACCCUGACCCUGGCAUUGUGUGAUGGGACCAUGUGGGGGGAGCUUCAUUCCGUAUCACAACCCCAGGAAUGUGUGAAGGGACGGUGUGGAGGGAGCUUCAGUGUGUGUCUGACCCUGGGAGUGUGUGAUGGGACAGUGUAGAGGGAACUUCACUCUGUGUCUGACUCUGGGAGUCUGUGAUGGGACAGUGUAGAGGGAGUUUCACUCUGUGUCUGACUCUGGGAGUCUGUGAUGGGACAGUGUAGAGGGAGUUCACUCUGUGUCUGACUCUGGGAGUCUGUGAUAGGUCAGUGCAGAGGGAGUUCACUCUGUGUCUGACUCUGGGAGUCUGUGAUGGGUCAGUGCAGAAGGAAGUUUGCUCUGAGUCUGGGAUGGUGUGGAGGGAGCUUCACUCUCUGUCUCAUUCCAGCAGUAUGUUAAGGGAUGGUGUCUGGGGGGCUUCAUUCUAUCUUUGACCCCAGGGCAGUGUAGAAGGAGCUUCACUUUGUGUGCGGAUUUGAUGUGCCUGUUCUUGAUGAGACAGCACAAACUAUUUUAUAUAAGUUGGAUCGAGGUAGAGAAGUUAGAGAAAGUCAGACAAUGUUGGCAGAGUUUGGGGAUGUGGACAGUACAAGGAGCACUCCAAGUUAAUGUCUGAGGUCAUUCUCACCAAAUGAUCUUGAUGGUGGAGUGCAGUUAAUACUGCUUGGGGUCAGAGUUUCCUUUAUUUUGGGAUUAGAGUGAUUUGCUAUUCUGAAUCGCUCCAAUUUAUGUGUGAAAGGGAAAUUUAUUUUUCAGUUGAACAUUAUUAAUGUGUAAUUGGCUAGCAUUUUCCUAUUGAUGGAGGAGACAGAUUACCUUCUUGUCAUGUUCUAUUUGAAUCCUCACCUCUUAAGCUCCCACCUCAACCUACGCCAGACUGACGCAGUCACUUUGCUGUAAGAGGAGGUUUAUGUUUGGUAAGAUUGUGAACUCUGUCUGGAGUUCCGAUUCCUGAACAUUUGCCGGGGCCACAGACACUGGCCAGGCUGGGAAAACAGUGGUGCUGUGAGACUGGCUUGUUAUGUGGCCGUCAGUAAUAGCAGGACCUCAAUGUGAAACAAUGUGAUUGUACUUAUGGGCAAUCAGGGCAGCAGCGAUGUGUGUGUCCAUCGGUGAUGUGGUGUUCAUGUGGUGGAAACCUGUCCAGGAACCGGAAGCAGAGGUGGAGUGUCUGGGGCAGUAAUGUGGCAUUUACUGCACACUGCCCAGGGUCCAGACAAGGCCAGAGGUCGCUUCAGGACAACCUGAGGUCGAUAUUGAGUCAGUUUCUAUCAUUAAGGAUGUAAACUCUCACUUUGCUGUAGUUCUGGUUAACUUGGUCAUUUUGUGUAAAUAGUUGCCUAUAAACUGAUGGAGGACAAAAACCCCUGGGAUAUCGGUGCCUCGGCCAAUCAGUUAUUUGUUCAAUAUUUUAUUGUUUCUAAAUGCUGCGUGACGAUUGGUGAGACAAUGGCAUUUCCAUAACAACCACCUAUUCCCUGGGGUCAACAACGGGAGAGGUGAGGAGAUGGUCAGAGACAAAUCACAGACUGCGGUCAGGAGGGACAUUCACUGAGUGACUGGACACAGUCCACUGUGCAGCAGCCCCAGCAGGCAUUGCCCAGUAAUAGCCACCCCUCGCUGGAAGACUGAUCACACAUACUGACCCUCACUGGAGGAUGGGUCCCUCACACAUACUGACCCUCACUGAGUGACGGUCCCACACACACACUGACCCUCACUGGGGGACAGUCCCACACACACACACUGACCCUUACUGGGGGAUGGGUCCCUCACACAUACUGACCUUCACUGAGUGACGGUCCCACACACACACUGACCCUCACUGGGGGACAGUCCCACACACACACACUGACCCUUACUGCGGUUGGGUCCCACACACACACUGGCCCUCACUGGGGAACAGUCCCACACACACACUGGCCCUCACUAGGGGAUGGUCCCACACACUCACACCCUCACUGCGGUUAGGUCCCAAACACUGACCCUCACUGCGGUUGGGUCCCACACACACUGACCCUCACUAGGGGAUGGUCCCACACACUCACCCAUACACACACACACUCUGACCCUUACUGGGGGAUGGUCCCACACACACUCAUUGGGGAUGGUCCCACACACACUCUGACCCUCACUGUGGUUGGGUCUCACACACAGUGCUACAGAUAUCUGCCUGUAGUAUUAGGUUUCCUUUAGCACCGUUGGUUUUGUGUAAGUUGAUAAAUUUCCUUGUGUAAUCCAUAACUGUGUAUUAAUGUUAGAGCACAUUACCAGAAUUCUAGGGGCAUUAAUCAGGGGCAGGUACCGAAGAUUAUUACUCCUUUUUCUAAUCCAGGGGGCACUGUUCUCCAGCCUGGGCCAGAAUCCCUGGAUAUUCUUCUCACUAGUAACACAUGGGUUAAUGGACAGUGCUUGAAAGCAGGAACCCUGGCAGAUACCCUCCUCACUGUGAUACCAGAGGUCGCUGGUCAGUGAUGGGGAGUAGGACCCUUGGCUGAAUCCUGCUCACUGUGAACCUGGGUCACUAGUCAGUGAUGGGGAACUCUGACUGAUCUCCUCCCCUUCCCUGGGUGAUAUGUUUGUGUAUAGAUCUCACCUGGGUCAUGUGGGUAAUGUGCACUGAACACUGGGAACCUGUGGCAAGUGACGAUGGUUAUUCUCUGCUUUGUGAGCACAGAAACAGGUAGUGCAGCAUGAUCCUCUACUAUGCAAGAGCAUGGUAUCACACACGGAAAUGUCGAGUAGUGUGGUGAGAGCUACUUGUGGCCACUCCACUGCUGAGUCUGAGAGAGUCAUAGAAAACUACAGUGCAGAAACAAGCCAAACUGUGAAUCCAAAUGUAGCUUAAAAAUUGAACCCGCAUCUAUCAGUGGUGCUGGCAGUUCAUUUCACACUUUGAGUGAAGAAGUUCCCCAUGUUCCCUUUAAACAUUUCACCUUUCACCUUCUCACCAAACCUCAUUGGAAAAACCUUGCUUGCAUUUACCCAAUCUAUACCCUUCAUAAUUUUGUACACCUCUAUCAAAUCUCCCCUCAUUCUCCUAUGCCCCAAGGAAUAAAACCUUAACCUCUGCAACCUUUCCCUGUAACUCAGGUCCACAAGCACCACAAAUUUUCUCUGCACUCUUUCAAACGAUAUCUUUCUUGUAGGUAGGUGACCAGAAUUCUAAUGCACUCUUUCAAGCUCAUUGAUAUCUUCAUGAUAUAACAAUAACAGCUCCCCAGAAUUCCCACCUGACACCAAUGGAGACAAGUGGAGGCAGCUGUAACCCCCAGUGGGGGUGGGACUAACCUCAGUGGAGGUGGGCCUAAUGCCAGUGGAGGCAAGGGUAUCAAUCCUGUGGAAGAAUGAUGAAGUGCACAGGUUUACUCGCGAAUGGUUCAACAGGAAGCAGAAGAUUCAAUGGCAAUAUUUAUUUUUACACUCUGUAAUAUAAGAGCUGUGUUUUGUAUUCUGAUGUAAUAGACUUGCAUGACUCUGUAACGGAGAUGGCGGCUGCACAGGGGCCAGUUCCAAGGACUCGGCUUUUGGUCAGUACCUACACUGGCUCUGGUCAGCUGUUAUGAGCAGAAUUUUCAUUAAAUCCACCAAUUUGUACAAAAGCUUUUCCUGUAUGUUUCAGUUUUUGAUGAUAGGUACACCUGCUUCAUCACAUCUGAUAUAAAU